AUGGGCCCCUGUACCGCCUCCUCAUGCUGCUGCCAGGCCCGUAAUCUGCCAUGGGCCCCCGUACCAACUCCUCAUGCUGCUGCCAGGCCCGUAAUCUGUCAUGGGCCCCUGUACUGCCUCCUCAUGCUGCUGCCAGGUCCAGAGUCUCUCAUGGGUCCCUGUACGGCCUCCCAUUGCUGCUGUCUCCAUCGCCACACUCUGCCAUGUGCCACUUUCAGGUCUCCUCACACUGCUGGUGGGUUCCAUUUUUGUCAUAGGGUGCUGUAUGGCCUCCCAUUGCUGCUGCCUCCACCGCCACACUGUGGCUCCACACUCUGGUUUUGGCCCCGUGACUGCCCAAAUGAGUGAAGUGUGCGGUGAUUCUAAGAUCGACGGCACUCAUCUGCAUGUCAUACUGACUGACAGUAUUAUUUCUCUUCCCCAGCAGACUCCAAGGGCAUUUAAAUUAAAGGUACAGUGUUCUGCACUAAUAUAA